AUGUUCAACUUUGGCUACGACAUGCUCGUCUUCGGCGGUGUCUCGGCCAUGCCUUUCUUCAACCGCAAGUUUGGUGUGUGCAACGGCCAAGGCGUGUGCAUGCUCACCCAGGGCACAUUGGCCAUCAUGAACUCCACCCCUUGGCUCGGAAAGCUGGUUGGUAUCUGGAUCGCUGCACCUAUCGCCCGCUGGGCGGGUCGCAAGCCCGUGUUCGCCGUCAUCAUCGUCUCUUCGUGGAUUGGUGUUGCGCUCCAGAUCUCGGCGACUACGGCGAUCCAGUUCACCAUUGGUCGCGUCAUCUGCUAUGGCAUGACGGGAAUUUGCGCCUCGGUCCUCCCCAUGUACAUUGCCGAGACCGCCCCUGCCCAGCUUCGUGGGUUUCUUGUUGCUCAGAUGCACCUCCAGAUCGCUUUGGGCCAGAUCGUCGCCUCUGCGGUUAAUGUGUCGACCUCCAAGCUCCGCAGUCAGGCCUCGUGGAUGAUCCCGAUCGGCAUGCAAUUCCUGAUGCCGACGCUCAUGGCCUUUGGUUAUUUCUGGCUGGUCGAAUCGCCACGCUGGUUGCUUUCCCAGGGCCGCGAGGAGCAAGCCACCAUUGCUCUGAAGAAGCUUCGCGGCCGCUUUGGCAACGAGGAGAACAUCCGUGAGGAGUUGGUCCAGCUUACUAAGGGAGACCUCAACCAGGUCAAGGGGCCGUGGAAGGAGGUAUUCCAGGGCACCAACCUGCGCCGGACCUUCAUCUCGACCAUCGGCAUGGCUGGCCAGCAGAUUACUGGACAGGCCUUCAUCUCGCAGUACGGCAUCAUCUUCUACACGAGAAUGGGAUUCACCAACGCCUACGAGCUCGGCACUAUCGGCCAUGCCAUUGCACUUGUGGUGUCUCUCUUUGCCGCGUUUGUUGUUGACAGCAUGGGACGUCGGCCGCUGCUCAUUACUGGUGGUGCGGGACAGGCUGUCUUCCUCUUCAUGGUCGGUGCCGUCGCCUGCGUUGCCAACCCAAGCUGGCCGGUCAAGUAUCUCUCAGUGGUUGGCUUCAUUCUCUGGGGCAUCUGUUUUGCUCUCUCGUGGGCCCCGCUCUCGUACAUUAUUCUCUCCGAGGCGACCUCGAUCAGGGUCAUUGAGAAGACCAACCUCUUCUCCGUCUCCAUCUCGACUCUGAUCGCACUAGCGAUCUCCGCCUCCACCCCUGCUCUCAUGACCAGCAUCGGCGGCAAGAUCGGCUUCAUCUACGGCGGUCUCGCUAUCAUGAUGGCGGUCUUGGCCUACAUCGUGAUCCCCGAGAUGAAGGGCAAGAGCCUCGAGGAGCUCGACAUCCUCUUCAAGCGCCGCACUCCCACGCGCGAGUUCAAAAACGCCAUCGUCGACGUCCCGCCCAACUCUUUUGUCGGUAAGGAUACCCUAGCGCCUGCGUGGAUUUUGUUGUUGGGACCUACGCAUUCAUCGGCGUUGGCUUGUGGUUUCCAUUUUUUCCUUUUAUCAAUGCAUCUAGGGAGUAUUGGCAUUGCUUGA